AUCUUUCACUCUUUCAAGUGUUCAGCAGUCAUUCUUUACGACCAUCCACGCGAUCUGUCCGAAGCUUCCAUCCCAUAAUACAUCGGUCACCUUAAUCAACCAUGCAGCUCACCCUCGUCUCCGUCGCGGCCGCGAUGGUCGCAACCGUUUCCGCUUACGGUUCUAUUGAAGCCGUCGCAAACAGAGACGCCGUCACCCUCAACAAGGAGUGCGACAAAUCUCAGCCUCACGCAAGCAUCAUCAACCGCUGCGACUACGACGUUCAUAUCUGGUCUGUCCUCAAGGGCGAUGGCUGCAACCCCGACAAGAUGGUGACACUCAAGAAGGGCGAGAUGUAUGCUGAGAACUACGUCAACGCCAGUGCGACUCUUGAUGGAAGGGGUGUCUCUAUCAAGAUCUCCAAGACCGAGCAAUGCAAGCCUAACGACAUCACCCAGCUCGAAUACUUCAUGGACGACGUGAACAAGGAGACCAAAUACCAGAUGAACUACCUCGACGUGUCCUAUGUCGACUGCCUCGGAGGCGACUGCCCAACGAAGUCGGAGGGAUACUACCUGGAGGUGGGCAGCAAGAACGCACGUGCUCAGAAGCUCACGCUUGAUGCUUCGUGGUGCCCGAUCCUCUCCUGUCACGACCCCAUCUCCUGCGCUGCGAUGUCCUACAUCCUGCCAGAUGACACCCGCACCAAGACCUGCGACUUCACCUCCAACAUGAAGUUCUACCUUUGCGGUUCUGACGCCCCAUCCGAUGACGACGCGAAGCCCUCUUACCCAGCUCCUAAGCCCGAAGCUCCCAAGCCCGAAGCUCCUAAGCCUGAAGCUCCUAAGCCCAAGCCGUCUACAACCGCACAAGCUCCUUCCAGCUCUGCAAAUGAUUACAACGUCGACCUUCCUACAAUCACCCCGCCUGCCGAGCUCAAGGAUGCGCCCAAGGAGCCUAAGGUCAAGACAAAGACCGUUGUUGUCACCGCUUACGAGUACGUCAAUGCGAAGAGGUCGGAGCACGUUCACAGGCACGCUCGCCGCCACCAGAACUUCCGCGCAUAGAUGCUUCAGAUACCCUGAUACUCCAUGGUAAUGGGCUGUACAUUUAUCAUACUGGCGCCGUUGCAUAUUACCAGCCAAUAAUCAAGAUUACCUAAUUCGCGAUAAACCCUAUGGAGACACGGAGGAAGAGGGUUGAUAAGCCCUUACAGUAAUAACGAGGUAGACAGCGUCGCAGGCCCAAUCUAUUCAUUCUUAUCACCACUUUCGGCGCGCACUCGUCAUUGCUCGUGUAAUAAUUCGAUUUGUUCUACCUUUCGCCCACCUCGAUCGCGUCGUUGGCAAAUGUCGCGAUGGACUAUCUGGAUCACGGCAACAUUCUUCUUCGGCAUACGCUUUAUCUCAUGAUGUCACGAUAUACUCUGGCUUGGGCUAGCGGGCUCCAUUUUCUUCCCUUUGUUCACUUCACCUGGAGCAAUGCUUCGUUUACCUUGGACACACAUGAACGUUCGGGCUUGGUGUAUAUUAUGAUUUAUUAGCAGAGUAUAUAUAUUUACUGUUUGUCUCUUGA